AUGGAGAACAUCAGCUACCAGGACGUCCAGGGCGCGCCCUUCAAGGGCAUCUGCAUGGCCAACGUCAUCGUCGAGAUGACCAAGGAGAGGAAGGUGUCGUGGAAGUGCGCCGACCUCGAGGGCGUGUUGGCUGGCGUCACCCCGGCGCCCUGCGCGCCGCUGCAGGGCAGCCAUGCCGGCACCUGCCCGUUCCACCGACACACACGCCUCCGACCAAAUCGCAGUGCAGCAGUGCUCUUACUCCAUCGCACCUGCUACAUCAGUGGCCGGGACAGAAAGUUCGGCAAGCUCAAGUACACCAGGGGCUACCUCAUCGAGCUCAUGCACACCGACGGCGUCUUCAUCCCCAACAUAACCCCGGUGAACUCGCCGGCGUGGAACAUCCACCCGGUCUACAGCCGCAACAUCGUCGUGUCCGGGGUGACCAUCCUGGCGCCCACCAAGUCGCCCAACACGGACGGCAACGGCAUCAACCCGGACUCGUGCUCCCAGGUGCGCAUCGAGGACUGCUACGUCGUCUCCGGCGACGACUGCGUGGCCAUCAAGAGCGGGUGGGACGAGUACGGCAUCGCCGUCGGCAUGCCCAGCGAGCACAUCGUCGUGCGCCGCCUCACCUGCGUGUCGCCCACCAGCGCGGUGAUCGCGCUCGGCAGCGAGAUGUCGGGCGGCAUCCGGGACGUGCGCGCCGAGGACAUCACCGCCAUCGGGACCGAGUCGGCGGUGCGGAUCAAGACGGCGGUGGGCCGCGGCGCGCACGUCUACGCGCGACGGAUGAGGCUUGACGGCAUGAAGCGCGUCUUUUGGAUGACCGGCGACUACAAGUCCCACCCCGACGACGGCUACGACAAGACCACCGUGCCGGUGGUGGAGAACAUCAGCUACCAGGACGUGGUGGGCACCGGCGUGUGGAAGGAGGCGGCGAGGAUGCAAGGCAUCCAGGGCGCGCCCUUCAAGGGCAUCUGCAUGGCCAACGUCACCGCCGAGAUGACCAAGGAGAGGAAGGUGUCGUGGAACUGCGCCAACGUCGAGGGCGUCUCGGCCGGCGUCACCCCGGCGCCAUGCGCGCCGCUGCAGGGCACCCACGCCGGCUCCUGCCCGUUCCCCACCGACACGCUCGCCGUCGACCAGAUCGUCGUGCAGCAGUGCUCAUACUCCAUCACUAUCCCUGCUACUACUUCAGUGGCCGGGACAGAGUAGCUCAAUCAUAUAGUAGUAUCCAGCUUCUUGCUGCACCAAGCGAUGAGGUUGUUGGAUCUCCAAGUGAGAACAGUAACAAUAAGGAGCGUGUUGUCGA